AUGUCCGUCCUUGUUAAUGGCAGUCCAACUCGAGAAUUCUCGGUUUCUAGAGGGUUAAGUCAAGGAGAUCUCCUUUCUCCUUUCCUUUUCUUGUUGGUUGUGGUGGGUUUGACGGGUAUGGUGAAGGUGGCUUCUUAUCUAGGUGACUUUAAAGGUUUUAGUUUGGAUGAUCAUAAUCAUUUUGAGAUACUCCAAUUCGCCGAUGAUACUAUUUUAAUCGGUGAGGACUCUUGGAACAAUCUUUGGACUUUUAAGGCCAUUCUUAGAGGUUUUGAACUUGUGUCUAGGUUGCGUGUUAACUUGAACAAGAGUCGGCUUUUUGGUGUGAAUCUUGACCCGAUUUUUAUUCAGGUCGGGUCCUUUUUUCUUAAUUGCGAUAUUGGUUCGUCGUCUUUUGUGUUUCUUGGUAUUCUGGCUAUGAAAACCAUUGUUAAGGAGAUCAUUUCGAUUCGACGGUCCUUCUUUUGGGGUGGUGAUGAAGACAAGAAGAAGAUUAGUUGGGAUAAAGUGUGUCUUUCAAAAGGAGAAGGGGGGCUUAGUAUGAAGAAUUGUGGGAAGUAUGGUAACAUUCAAAGAGCAAUGCUUAAGGCUUUGUCUUUACAUUUGAGAAGUAAGGUUUCUCUUUGGUGGAAGGACCUUUGUUCGAUCGGUUGUGCGGAUUUGGGAUCACCGUCAAAUUGGUUUAAAUCUUCUAUCUCUUGCAAAAUUGGAAUGGGAUUGUUUUUGGAAUUUUGGUUUGAUGUUUGGAUAGGUACAACACCGCUUGGAAUUAUUUUUCCAGAUUUAUUCCUUUUGACUGAUGCUCCUCAUUCGAAGGUGGCAGAUAUAGGUAGUUCGAAUGGUGACAAUUCGCCACGCCGCUUCCUCGAAGACUCCUUUGUAUGGUGGAGGAAUAUCUCCGGCUUCAUGGUGAGUAAUGUUUAUGAUGUGAUUAUGUUGUGUGAGUUACCGAGGCCGCCUUUGGAUGAAUCUCUUUCUUUAGCCCUUUCUCGUUUAUGGAAGUCUAAGGUUCCUAGUAGAAUCCAUCUUUUUGGUUGGAGGUUGAUUUGA